AUGGCACAAAGCCCCCGCAUCAAAACCAUCCACACAUCAAACCCCACGUUGCUCCAUGCCACACAUCCUCCACAAAGCAUGCAAAACCGGAAAGAGUGGGAGUCGAGUCAACUAAGUGCUGAGGAUGAGAUCAAAGAAGAACACAAGAUUGUCCCACAUCCGGACGCCAGGGCUGAGACCCCACACCCCUCUCCCCCUCACGCUCCGGUCCUGCCGCCGCCGUUCUGCCCCGUUUUUACCCCUCCUCGCCUGCCUUUGCGCUGGAUCCUCUCCCUUUGA